GCGGCGGCCGGCGGCUGAAAGCGGCGAGGCGGCGGCGCGCGAAGCCCGGAAGGCGGCGGCCGAGGCCCAGGCGGCGAACCGGAGCGGCGGGAGCGGGGCCCGGGCCGGCCCUCGAGCGGCCGCCGGCUCAGCAUGCGCGCCCGCCGGGGGCUGCUGCGGCUGCCGCGCCGCUCGCUUCUCGCCGCGCUCUUCUUCUUCUCGCUGUCGUCUUCGCUGCUCUACUUCGUCUAUGUGGCGCCCGGCAUAGUGAAUACCUACCUCUUCAUGGUGCAGGCUCAAGGCAUCCUGCUUCGGGACAAUGUGAGGACCAUUGGUGCCCAGGUGUAUGAGCAGGUGGUCCGAAGCGCCUAUGCCAAGAGGAACAGUAGCCUGAACGACUCAGAUUAUCCUCUGGACUUGAACCACAGUGAAGCCUUCCCCCCAACCACGACAUUUCUUCCUGAAGAUUUCACCUACUUUGCCAACCACCCUUGCCCAGAGAGGCUCCCUUCCAUGAAGGGCCCGAUAGACAUAAACAUGAGUGAGAUCAGAAUGGACGACAUUCACGAGCUCUUCUCCAGAGACCCAGCCAUCAAGCUUGGAGGCCACUGGAAGCCUUCGGACUGUGUGCCUCGAUGGAAGGUGGCCAUCCUCAUCCCCUUCCGGAACCGCCAUGAGCACCUCCCAGUCCUCCUGCGACACCUGCUCCCAAUGCUUCAGCGCCAGCGCCUGCAGUUUGCCUUCUAUGUGGUCGAGCAAGUUGGUACCCAGCCCUUUAACCGAGCCAUGCUUUUCAAUGUCGGCUUUCAAGAAGCCAUGAAGGACUUGGAUUGGGACUGCCUGAUCUUCCAUGAUGUGGAUCACAUACCCGAGAGUGACCGCAACUACUAUGGCUGCGGACAAAUGCCCAGGCACUUUGCAACCAAGCUGGACAAAUACAUGUACCUGCUUCCCUACGCAGAGUUUUUUGGUGGAGUGAGCGGCCUGACUGUAGAACAGUUUCGGAAAAUCAAUGGCUUUCCUAAUGCCUUCUGGGGCUGGGGUGGAGAAGAUGACGAUCUGUGGAACAGGGUACAGAAUGCGGGCUAUUCUGUGAGCCGGCCAGAAGGGGACACAGGAAAAUACAAGUCCAUUCCUCACCAUCAUCGAGGAGAAGUCCAGUUUCUUGGAAGGUAUGCUCUGCUGAGGAAGUCAAAGGAGCGGCAAGGGCUAGACGGCCUCAACAACCUGAACUACUUUGCAAACAUCACAUACGACGCCUUGUAUAAAAACAUAACUGUCAACUUGACACCCGAGCUGGCUCAGGUGACUGAGUACUGAGAUGUGGAGAGAAGUCGUAUCCGCCUACCCACCACCCCCUCAGAAGCGCUGUGAUGCGCCGUCCUGGGGGUCAACACAGGACGAGGACAGAAAGAGAGUGGAGUGCAGGACCAUAGGGUUCCAGAAAACUGUCACAGAGCACACGCACAAAGGCCUUCGCUGUAGGCCCAAACAGGGACAGGCGGCUUGGGGACACCUCUCAUCAGCACUGGCUUCAUUCUACAAGACAGAUGCCUGCCCUGCUGCUCUCUUCUGUCCCCACCCCAGGGCCAGGCUAGGUGCCCCUCGGAUAGAUGGAUGGCCAGACCCAGAGGCCAUGGCCAGCCACCCCUGGCUUGAAGCAGGAGGACUGCCACACCGUUCUCUGCAUCUCUGGUUCUCAUUUUUGUUUGCUUUUGGGGAGAAUACUUUCUUUCUUUCUUUCUCAUUUUUUCUUUUCUAUCCUUUUUUUUUCUUUUUCUUUUCUUUUUUUUUUUUAGAAAAUUAGCUGCAUUAGGUGGGAACUAAGGGCGAAGGGGAGGGACCUGGGGUGAUAGGCACAUAACAGUCACUUCUUGAAGAAGUGUAGUUGUAAAUAAGCCAUGUAAAAUGCCUUUUUAAAAUUUAAUUUUAUAGCUGGCUCCACUUCAGAGUGAGGGCUUCGUAUAUUAGAUCACCUUGGGUGGCAAACACAACUGAGUUACCACAUAGUUGGAGAGUGUCAUCGCCCAAAUCCCUGUCAUUUCUGAAGGGAGUAGACACGGGGCAGAGCAAAGAACCUGUCACUACAGCCCCUUCACUUCUCCCUCCCCUCUUCCAGACCCCUCAGUGCCAGGGUAUGUGGAGGCUGGGCGAGGCAGGGUGCAGGGCUAUCACUCCAGUGUGAAAGGCAGGAGCUGAUGAACAGGAAGUUUGAGGUUGUUGUGGGAUACAUAGCAAGUUCCAGGCCAACCUGAGCUGUGUAGCAGGAUCCGCGCCCCCUCCCAGGGGGUGGCACUGUGCAGACCCAGCUCUCUGGACUUUGUUUUUUAUCCCUUCAACAUCUCAGGGUGCCUGUUGGGUGACGCUCCUCUUUCUUUUGAACUUGGCCAGUUUCUCAGAGCUGUGCCUGCAUGACCAGCUGGCUUCAGUGGUUUCUCCUUUCCCCUUUUUUGGUUUCUGGGAAGAUGCUGUGUUGUACUAACAAGCAAUUGAUUGGGAAGGGCUCAGUCAAGGAGGAGGUGGCACUGGGGUGCUGUGUGUCAGCUAGGAUCCAGGUGAGAUCUCACCAGAGCUUUGACAGGCAGCCAGCAGAGGUCGCCCCUGCUUCCUGAUGGCAGUUCGUAAACUGCAGUCAAAAGGGUUCUUCCUUCCUGUGUCUGCCUUUGCUGUGGCCCUGUCCCUACAGCAGGGAUCUGUAUGUGGUGAGGAGUGCUCUCUUUAGGCCUCCAACUUCUAUUCUUUGCCUUUUUGCCUUCAGCGCCCUCGAUGUUCAUGGUUUACAUAAGUGGGUGUGGGGUGUGUAAAUAUGUGGGGUUGGGGUUUUUGCAUCGCACAAAUUGGUUCUGUGGACAUAUGAUCCCCACAGACUGUGGGAGUGAUUGGCCAGGCCUUGUUUUUUUUUUCUUUCUUGUUUUUGUUCUUUUUGUAGAAUAGAGUGGUAUUUAGGGAACAGAUGGCAUUGCAGAAUGCUUCCCGCUCGUAUGAGAGAGCAGGUGCCUGCCCUUGAGAGCGCUGGUGAGCUGCGUCAUCUGUUUGCACUGGGCAAGGAGCUGCACGGCUGCGUUGACUUGCCUUUGUCUUACGGUACACAGCAAUAAAGAUUGUGUUGGUCCCCAGUCCAGACCCUCUGCCCUUCUUUUGUUAGUUUUGAAGUGCUGGGCAUGAAACUCAUGGCUUUGGCAUGCUAUUGAGUGCUCUGCCACUGAGCCGUGGGCCCAGCCCUCACUCCCCUCAUUCUCCUGUUUCUGCACUGAAGGCCAGGAGCUGCUUUCAGUGUGGCAGAGCCAUGGUCCUUUGGAGGGGCUUCCAGAGAGGGACAGUGGUGCAUGCCGCAUGUGUCCCAGUUGAAGCUCUGCCUUCUCACACUUGCCACAGGGUACUGCUUUGGGCCAAAGGCUGAUACUUGGAAAGAAACACCAAUUUGGGGACAAAAGGAAAGGUCUUUUUACUGCUCAAAGUAGGGUCGCUUAUAUUCUUUUGCAAUCAUGUCCAAGUUUGUUUUUAAUGUGGGCUCUUAGCGGGCACUGUUGAUCAUUGUCCACUAAGUCACGUACUGAGUGGGAAAUGUCACAGUCAAAACCAUACCACCAGGCCACAUGUUAGUUAGGUCACAGGAUGCUUAAAGAAAAUGACAGCGAGGAGCGAGUAUGACCUUGAUGUAUUGGCAGCUGAGGUUAUUCAGUGCUACAGACGAGUGACCCUCAAACCAGCCUUGCCCUUGACUGCCUUGUGUGUGGAAGGCUCCCCUUCACACAGGGUUUCUUUCAAGGGAGAGGGGUUUUGCAAACCUUUGAUUUUGCUGAAACAGGGACUCUUGUGAGCACCUCCCUUCCUCAGAGGCCAGUAGCGGAGCAUGUACUGACUGUACCCACACACCACUGAUGAGGCAUUGAACGCAGCUAGCUUAUUCCAUCGUUACUUCUGUUUGUUUUGAGCUUGCUCUCUGUUUAAAAGGUGCCAGGGGUACAUUUUUGCACUGAAAUCUAAAGAUGUUUUAAAAACACUUUUCACAGAAGCAGUCCUUUGUCAUUACAUUGUUCACUCAUGUGUUUGUACAUUUUUGUAUGUUAAUUUAUGAAUGAUUUUUUCAGUAAAAAUACAUAUUCAAGA